AUGCCGCGACGAAGAGUUAGAGAAGAAUCACCUCGCUCCUCAGGACCUGGAAUGUCGUCAUCCACGGAUUUGACGGAGAGUCUACGCCAGCUCACUCAGUUGACUCAGACCAUAGGAGCUGCCAUACUCAAUAAGAAUAACGGAGGCAGGGAUGUAUCCAGAAAGAUCACGAGACGUAAUCCACCGUGUUUCCUGGGUCAGGAGGAUCCGGAAGUUCUUGAGAGUUGGAUCCGCACGUUCGACAAGUUGUUUGACGUGGUACUAUGCCUAGAGAACCAGCGAGUAGAGGCUGUUGUUUACUACCUACAGGGAGAGGCUGACCACUGGUGGGUUAUGGAAGGACCGGCCAUACAGGCAAGAGAAGGGUUUGACUGGGAAAUGUUCAAGAUGGUGUUGAGAGAAAGAUUCUACCCAGAGCACGUCAAGGCUGCCAAGUAUGAAGAGUUUCUACACCUCGAGCAAGGGAGUCUAACCGUUCAGGAGUAUCAUGCCCGCUUUGUGGCACUGUCUCGAUUUGCUCCUACUUUGGUACCUGAGGGAGGCAAGUAA